AUGUCUACCGAGAAGAUUGAACACACCUUGACUGAGGACCAGGCCAGUGGCAAUGGCGCACCAUUGAGUCGCCAGAUGACCGUGGCUCUUACUNNCCCCGAACAAUACGAGAGAUUGUUCUUCCAACCCGAAGGACCCAAGCGUGGCGACUUCUCCAAGAGAUUCGGUGCUGUGGCACCCACCAGUCUGAUCGGCUUGGAUGGCGACUACUACUUCAUCGGCUUCGUUGGCAUGGUUCUUGCAGGAGUUGCAGAGUUCAUUCUCGGAAACAGUAUGUCUGACCCUUUGAUUCAGUCUCGAUUCAAAAUACUAAAAAGCUCAUUACAGCANUUCCCCAUGGCCGUCUUUGUUGUCUACGGCUGCCACUGGGGCAGUCUCGCAUACGCCCAAGACCCCUACUACAACCAACUUUCCGCCUUUGCCAAGGUCGGUAGCUCAGCAGGAGCCGAAUGGAACGCAUCGCAAGGCUUCCACAACGUUGUCAUGGUGCUUGUAUCCUUCACCUUCCUGGUUGCCACUUUCCGCGUCAACGCCUUCUUCGUCGCCACCUUCUUCGGACUGGUAAUGAUGUUUGCUUUCAUCGCAGCUGCAGACUUUGCAGUCCCUCAUGUCACCACUGCUGCUGAGCUUGAGCACGUCGGCACGCUCUUGAAGAUUGGAGGUGGCUUUGGCUGGUUGGGCUUGAUUUCUGGCUGGUACUUGGCUAUUCUUACUGCUUGUGCUGCUGUGGGUAUUCCUUGCCCUCUGCCUGUGUUUGAUCUGUCCAGCAAGGUCUUCUCCAAAGACACCGAGCACGACCAGCACGCCAAGCAUGCUUAG